GUCUCUUCUCACAAACAUACUCUGUUCUCACACACUGUCACACACUCUUUCUCACACACUGUCAGACACUCUUUCUCACACACUGUCAGACACUCUCUCACGGCUGAAAUCACUGCUGUCCGUUGCUCUAUCCAAACACAGGAACAGGGACAGGAGCAGAAUGACUGUGCUUUAGCCUGGCGGAGGGGAAAGUUUCCCUCACUGGGCAGUGAACAGACUGAGGACACACUGGGACUACUGUACUAGACUACUGUACCACUACCACCCUCAUGAGGAAUGAAGUGACAGGAGAAAACAGACAGCAGGACAGAGACAUCUCCCCUGCUGAGCUGGAUGCACUAUGGAGGGAACCACCGUACACGCUAGCGGGAACCAAUGAGCACUUCACAGGAAAUGAUGUUAUCAAUCGAGGGGAGGAGGAGGGUCCGGGGGUGGAGUCUGGGGAAGGGGAGGCGGAGCUGGACAGUUACUGGACGAGGAAGGAGGCGUUCACCAGAGGAAGCACCGUGUCACUGGCCGUGGGAGAGAGGUUCUCCUCAGACGUGGUUCUAGUGUUCAGCGGUCGGCGGUGCUCAGGUGUAACACCUGACUCUGAGCUACAAGAGGCGCUCCGUACCAGACUCAGGGUCGUCGAGAGCAACAGUCAGGACGUCAUCCAACUCUUCAAGGACCUGUCUGCCCGUCUGUUGUCUGUCCACGCUGAGAAGGACAGCUUUGUCAUCACCUUCAAGACUGUAGAGGAGGUCUGGAAGUUCUCUACCUACCUGGCUCUGGGUUAUGUGGCGCGGUGCCUGGAGAAUUUCCUGUGUGACCAGUCGUUCUGGCUGGACACUGAGCUGCUGAGGGACCUGGAGAUCACUGUGACUGUAGACGAGGAACACCUAGCCACACUCUACCUGGGACUGCUGCUGCAGGAGGGUGAACGAACACCUUAUGAACUCUUUAUAAACACCCUAUGUUCGUUCUUUCGCAAGGCGCUGGUGAGCAGUGGCGAGCAUAAGACACGGGAGACAGUCACUGGAGGGCACCCUUCUCUCCACCGGCAACACGGACUAGUGCCUGUCAACACCAUGCAGCCGCUGCCAUACCCCUUCUACCAGUGGUUCCUGAGGAAGUACUCUGACUGUGCCGGAUGCUCCCCUUCAGAGAGAGAACAGUUUGACCACCCUAUAGUAACCGGAUUCUGUGAGGCUGUAGUGGACCACAACCCAGUAGGUUCUGAUGAGCUCCAGCUGAGUCAAGGUGACCUGAUUGAGAUAGAGGGGAUGCUACUCCGAGGUCUGGACCUGUUCAUAGGAACACACUGCUCUACAGGAAACACUGGCUUCGUACACAAGGCUCACGUCAAGCCACUCAACGCCAAACCCCCGGAGGAGUUCCUGCCCCUGUAUGACCUCCACCACUCAUUCCUCUGGCUGACGUUCUCAGGGCAGAGUGAGGAGGAGUUACUGGGCCACCUGGAGAUUGUCAGGGAGGGGGCCAAGAGAACGUGCAUGGCCUGGGCACACCGACGGGCAUGCUUCCUACUGGGGAGGCUCUGCGCCAAGAAGCUCAAGUACUCCCAGGCCCGCGUGUAUUACGAGGAAGCCCUUGGCGUCUCUGUUGACGGUUUCUCUGACCUCCCUCUCCUCAUCGCCCUGUACACCAACCUCACAGCCAUCUACCUCAAACAGAAGAUGGCCGACAAGCUGCCCCCGACCCUGGAGAAGGCCAGUGCUCUGCUCCUCUGCCUCCCCAGCCACACCUUCACCUCCCUGGAUGAGUUUGAGCUGCUGAAGCUGGUGCUGCGGAGGUCUGUGGUGGAAGGGGACAAACACCUGGAGGCACGGGCCUGCUACCUCACUGCCAGCCUCUUCCUCCUCCUUAGAAAGAUAGAUGACGCCCUGCCCUUCGUGGAGCGUCUCCAGUUCCUCACCGUUACCCUGUCUGCUGAGGAGGGACGCCCCAUCGCCCCCCUGGACCUCAACUGGCUCCUGUCCCGGCUCUACCACCGUAAAUACAUGCCCUACCUGGCCCUGGCAUCACUCAGCCUGGACUCUGGACAGGACCACUCACUACAGGACGCAUUCCACAGGAUAGAACUGUUCAGCAGGAACUCGGUGCGUCUGAAUCCGCGAUGGAAAGAGGGGACGUCUCUUCUCCCCGCCCAGAUCGUGGUGUAUCUUCAGCAGGCUCUGGCCAUUGCGGAGCGCGGUGAGGACCUUAAGACCCAGAGAGACCUGUGUCUGGGCUUGGCCUGUGUGUACCAGCAACACGGCGCCCUGGUGAAGGCCCUGCCCUGUGCCCAGCAGGCUGUACAGACCGGGGCAGGUAUCAACGAGGAGGAGGGGUUCCAGGCUUCAGUACUGCUGGGAUGGUUGUUAGUCCUGACGGGACAGCCUGAGAAGGCACAGAACACCCUGCAGCCACUACUGCAGUCUCUACAGGGAACAGAUAGCCCGACCCAGAGGGGAGUGGUCCACAACCUCCUGGCUCUGUGUCUGCGGCGGCAGGGUCGCAUCCCCGAGGCCGGCAGCCACCUCCACCACGCCCUCACCAUCUCCAGGGAGAGUGGCAACCAGAGGAACCAGGCCCUGGCCCUCGCCAACCUGGGCUGCCUGGCACUGGGCGUGGGGGCACCCACACUGGCAGAACGAUUCCUAUUCAGGAUCCUCCACAGUGAGUACCUUAACCCUAACCCUCCCGCAGGAACCUCCACAGUGAGUUACCUUAACCCUAACCUCCACGCCAGGAACCUCCACAGUCAGAUGGUGGUGGCUAAAGUCCUGAGUCGUCACUAUGCUGACGUGCUGCUGUAUGGACAGAGUAUCCUCUACUAUGAGCACUGUGUGUCUGUGUCCAGGGACCUGAAGGACAAGAGACUAGAGGGAGAAUAUCUAGAGAUCCUCAGCAGCCUCUACCUCUCCCUCAAUACUGAGAAAAGGUUUAUAUAUCUGUCUGCCUCAAUACUGAGAAAUCAUCAAGGAAGUCUGGACUACAGUAAGCAGAGUCUGCGUAUCUCCAUCGACCUGGGGAAGAGAGAGGAAGAGUCAGAGACGUGGCUUCAGGUGGGACGCAUCUACUACCUCAUCCAUGAAGACGAACUGACUGACAUGUACCUACAGGCAGCGGUGAAGACAGCCCUGAGGAUGAAUGACCCUCGCUUCGCCAUGAGUAUCUACGAGGAGGCAGAGAUAUCUUCUUCAAAGGCCACAGGAACGAUGGCAUCACUGCCCUUCUACAGGGACGGCAGUCUCCCGUUUGCUCGGAGCAUCCAUGACGUCCACUCAGAGUUCAGACUGCUGAGUAAACUGACUGAACUACUGAUGACCCAGGGACAUGAAGAGGCUCUACAGUACGCCAUUCUGGCUGUACACAUACCACCGUCUGCUACAGUGUACUACAGUCUGGAGCAGUAUGAGAUGACCGAGAACUACUUCAAGUCUCUGUCUCUCAGCCUCGCUGUACUGCGAGCACCCCCUGGAGGCUAG